AUCCAACCCCCAGAGAAACCAGAAACCAGAACAGCAACACAUCUCCAACUCCAAGAAGAAAAAAAAAAAAAAGAAAAAACCACAGUGAAUAAAAAUCUACCAAAAUGGCCGAUAAGCUUCGCACGCUCCAGAACCUCGAGGCCAUGCAGGCUCGGUACGUGGGUACGGGACACGCAGACACGACCAAGUACGAAUGGACGUCGAACAUCAUCCGCGACAGCUACGCUUCGUAUAUUGGACAUCCGCCGAUGUUGUCAUAUAUGGCUGUUGGAAUGGGGGAGCCGAAGGAGAAGGUCCGGGCUAUGUUUAUUGAGAAGAUGGUUAGGGGGGCUGGAAAUCCGCCUGAGACGCAGGAGUGAAUGGAUUGCGCUUUGGGGGUUUGAAUUUCAUGGAUGAUUGUCUGUUGUGAUCUUGUUAUGAUUAUCGGCUGUGGUAUCGAGGUUUACGGAUGAUGAAUGCCCUCGGUGAGGCGAGAACUCUGCUUGAUGGCUUGUGGGCUGAGUUUGGUAUCAACGCUGAUGCUGGGAUUGAGUGGUUGGUACUGCUUGAUGCCGGUUGACAUGCGGUCCGUUUACAGUUGCCCUUGAUCGCUUGGGAGUUAUGGAGUAUUUUAGACAGCUCGGUGGGAUUAAUUGGAUGUAUGAGCUGUACACUCUAGGCUGGACUUAUUGUUUGGUUCAUUACCAUGUACUGUAAUGAUUCGAGGGCGUCGGUUGCAUGGUUUUAGUGAAAUGACUGAGUAUGCAUCCAUAUGGUGUCCGAAUGAAACGACUCUUAUACAUAUGCAAAA